AUGCGAAUACCCUAAGUUUAUUUUGAAUGCAUGGAGAAACGAUUUAAAAAACAAAAAAAAUGCAAUCAUACUGAAGACUAUAGUUGGAUUGAAAAUAUUAAUAAACCCUUAAUAGAAAGAAUAUCUGAUUUUGCAAAAUGUAAAUACUUACAAGAUCCUAAAUAAAUACUCAUAAUAAGUGAAACCAUUGACAAGAUAUUAGAAGCAGGUGUUGAAUUAUUCUAAUAAUAAAAUUAAAAUCCAUGCAUUUAAUUGCUUGGAGAAUGCAAUUCUAUUUAACUUUGGAAUUUGUGUUUAUAAUGUUGUGAUUUUAUAAGGAAUUGUGGCAAUCCAAAAAUUAGUAUUAAUAUAUAUGUAAUAAAUUAGUUGAUAUGAUAUUCAGUUAUGAACAUUUAAUUAAUUUGAUAUUUCACAAUCCAGACUAUGAUUUAUCAAAAAUUUACUAAAUUAUAUAAUGUUUAUAAUUCCUUAUAGAAUCUAUGAAUACAUCUUAAAUUUGCAAAUUAAAAAGUAUAAACAUUUAUAAUUUCUUUAGAUGAAUAUUUUGAAAAAGUAUUUUUAAGAUUCAUGUACAUUAAUGCAUUCUUUCAAAAGAGCAUUUAUAAUCUAAGCAAUUAAGAAUAACAAGAGUUAUUUUAAUUAUAAUUGGAUAAUUGUAUUUUAAAGUUCACAUUUCCAUCUGAUGAUAUGAUAAAUUAUCAAAGAUAUUUAGAAAUUAAUAAUUUACGUAAAAUCUUAAAACAUCCUUUAUAAUCAUUUGAAGUUUAAUUUAAUUCCAGUAAAAACCCUUAUGAAUAAUCCAUUUAGAUUAUUAAAGAAAAUAAGAUUGAUAAUGAUAGCAUACUUUUUGAUUAAGUCUUUAUUCGUUUGCUAUGUCAUUAUUCAGGUACUGAACUAUUAAUUUAGAAGAUGUUUAUUAAUAAUUAUAUAUUUCAUUUUAGAUGUCUUUUCCAAGAAUUCCAAUUAAUCAAUAAUAAAAGUAUGUUGGAUAUUACAAAUAGAUUAAUUGAUUAAAAAGAUUAUCUAUUUCUAUUAAUUAGAAUGAUAGCUAUCAAUAAAGAAGAAUCCUUAAAUGAUGUUAUGGUAUAAAGUCUUCAAUUUAUUAAAUCUAAAUAAAUACAACUCUUUGAACAAAAUACCUUUUUAGAAAAAUUAUGGUUAUUUGAACUAUAAGGAAUUUAAGAUUCAUUAAUGGAAUGGAAAUAAGAAUUCUAAAUUACAGAAGGUAACUUUUAUGAAAAUAAAUUAUAAUUAAGUCCAAAAUAUUAAUAGAUAUUCUUUCAAUAAUUAUUAGAUUAAUAAUUUACAUAGAUAUUUAAAAAGUAAUCCAAUUAUUAAUAAUGGAAUUAUAUAAUCAUUUCAAUUAUUAGAAAAUCUUUUUUAGAAGAUGGAUAAACUAGAUUACCUUAUCAUAUAAUGAAUCCAUUAUUGACUUAUUCUGUGAAUCUUAUAAUUGAACUUCCUGGAAAUAAUCAGAAUUAAUAAUUAGAUUAUUAAUUAGAAACAUAAAUUAUACAAGGAUUGUUUGAAAUCUUAAAAAAUUGUUGUUUAUCAUAAUAACUUUAAUUAUAAAUAAGAGGAUUUUAAUUACUUAAUCAAUUAAUAACUUAUUAUAAAUAAGAGUUUGAUCAAGUCUAAAUUUAAAAUGCUUAAUCAGAAUUUAUGAUGCCUGUUCCUGAAAGAUAUCACAAAUUGUUAUCAGAAAUUUGGUCCAAUAAAAUUUUAGAAUAAACUUUACAAAAUUCAUAACUAAAUGAAUAAUUAUACACUUAUUUGAUAACUUUGUUAGCUCUAAAUAUGGGUGAGAAUCCAGGAAGAGUUAGAGAAUUCUAUGAAAACAAUAGUUUACAAUAUCUAAUAGAAAGAAUAAUGGAACUUUUAUAAAUAUGUACUAGAGGAUCACAUUUGAUUGUAACAAUAAUUAAUUUAUUGAUUGCUAUAAGUACAAAUGAAUAAGCUAUUUCAUUGGCCUUAUCAUCAAAUAAUUAAAAAAAUUAAGAAAAUCUAAUUAAAUAGAUAUUUUCUAAAUGUUAUUUACCAUCAAUUGAACUUCUGCAUGAUCCUAAUGUUAGUGAAGAUUUUGCUAAAAAGAUAAUUAUGUUGUAUAGUCAAAGUUUAUUAGCAAAAAAGCAAAUAGAAAAGGUUAUUGAAAAUACUUUUGUAUAAAUUUCAUAAAUGGUUGAUUUAAGUAAAGAUAAAAUUGAAGAUAUUGUUAGUAAUUAAGAAAAAUUAUAAUCAUUUUAUGGAUAUUCUAAAAGUCUUUAAGCUUUAUUGUAAUUAUUUAUGUAAUUACAACCAGAAAAGAAAUAAUCAUCAUAUCGAUAAUUCUAAGGAUAUGAAGAAUUACAAUUAGAAGAAGCUUAAAGAUAAAAAGAUUUAUUGUUCAAUUCAUUGUUAAAAAAUUCAAAAUUUGUUGAAGCUUUGGAAAAAAUUAUUAUGAGUCCAAUCCUAAUAGGAAGUAAGAAUAAGGACAAGUAUAUAGAACAUUAUGUUGGAAUUUUGUGUAAGAAAAAUAAAAUAAAUCCUUUUACUUCUUUAUAAAAAGAAUUAGAUUUAAUAUCUAAAAAUUACAUGAUUAUUGAAGAUAAGAAAAUUAUAGAUAUAGGUAAGUUAGUUGAUUAUGAUGCCUUAUCAACUCAUAUGAGUUAUAAAUACUUUUUUAGAAAGAUAAUAAAGCAUAUCUCACCCUAAACUUAUAGAGGUUUUUAUAUUUUAAGUCGUUUCCAUUUAAUACAUUAUUUAAUUAAGAUUUGUAUAAGUCAAGGAGGAGUGUAACUAAAUGAAAUUCAUUUAUUAAUUGCUUAAUUAUUGCAAAUCUAUUUUUUAUCAUCACAACAUGCUGGAUUUCAUGAAUCAAUUAUGAUGUUUAUGGCAGCAAAAUGUCAGAUUAAAAAAUGUGAAAAUAAUUAUGAUGAGGAUAUUCAAAUAAGAAGGAGGAUAAGCAAAGACAAUUUAAUACCUCUAUAAGAGUCAUGUUUAGAAUUAAUAAAUAAAUUAUAAUAAUAAGCCACAAUUGAAUAAAAAGAAUUUUUAAUAAAUAAAUAUGGAGAAAUAACACAAUUAUUCUUUGUUAAUUUUAAUGAAAAAUAUUAAUAAAUUAAAUAAUCUAAAGGAUUAAUAUUAAUUUAAAAUGUUACUUAUAUUUAAGAUAUUCUUAAAUCAUUUAAAUUCUUUUUAAAUCUAUUUCAAAAUUUAAUACAAUAAAAUCAACCAAUAUCAUUUACAUUUAUAUGCUAUUAAAAUAAAUCUUUUUAUUUAGAUUUUAUUGAUAUGAUUAAAUAUUUAGAUAGUGUAUAGAAAUUACAAUAAAAUAAUAAUAAAGAAUAAGAAAUCAUUAAGAAGAUUCUACCUAAUUUUAUUGAAGCUUUUAUAAUACAUAUUGAUAAUAUUAUCAAAUCAUCAAUAUUUAGAAAAAUUCUUUUAGAUAAAAUUCAAUUGUCUAAUCAGUAUAUUAUUGAUCCAACUUAAUUAGAAUAUGUAUUCAAUGAAUUAAUAUUUUCUUAAACACAUUUGAUUAGUUAAAUGAUUGACUUACUACUUUAUAACAAUUCUGAAGGACCAUUAAAGAACUUAUUUGAAUAGCUUAUACAAAAAUUUUAGUCAAUUUAAGAUAUUUAAAUCAAAGAUCUUCAAAAAGUAGGAGAAUAAGAAUAGAAGGAUCAAAUAGUUGCUUAAAAAGAUCUUGUUUAAUAAUUAUAAGGUAAUGAAAUAAAAGAAUAAAAAAAGUCAAUAUUUGAUAGACCAGAUAUCCAAUUAAUAUUAGAUAAAAUAUGUGAAAUGGGAAUUAAUUAAAAAUUAGCUAAGAAAGCCAUUUAAAGAGUAGAAAUACCAGAACCAUCAAUGAUUGUAGACAUGAUAUUUAAUGGAAGAAUAUCUGAUGAUGAAGAAGAUUUAGAUGACCUAAUUUUUGAAUCAGAAUAAAAAAGUGAUAAUUCAGAAACUUAAAUAAGCAAUUAAAAAAUCUAAACUGAUACCAAAAAUUAACUUGAAUAAGAUUAAAAUUAGAAAAGUGUUACUAUCAUUGACAAUGAAGCUUUUUUUAAAGUUUUAAAUGAAAAUUUUCCAUUAAACAAUACAUAAAUAUAAGUAUAAGAUAGAGUUUACUAAUUGAUAAAUAAUUUUUAAUAGAAAUUAGAUGAUACUAUCAAUUAACUAUUAGAUUAAUAAUUAAAUAAUUAAAAACCUAAUCUCAAUCUUUUAGAAUACUUAUUCACAAUUACAAAAAAAUAAUAACAUAUCCAAAAAAUUUUGGAUUAUAUCUUUGUAUCAUUAUAAUCAAUAAAAUAAGUAGAGAAGAUUUAAGAUUUGAAUUAAAAAAUGAAUUUAUUAAAAAAUGCUCUAUAAUGGUUGACACUUCUGUAAUCAAUUUGUUCAUUAGAACAUGAAAAAAUAUAUUAAAAUUUUGCACAAAUAGAUAAGGAGCCAUAAUCAGAUAUAAAAUUUAUAUUAUCAUUUUAAGAGAUGAUUAAGUUAGGAUUUGUUUUGAUUCAAGAAAUAAAUGACCAAUUCAUAUAAUAAAGUUAAAAUGAAUUUAAAGAAUUAAAAGAAUUAAAUUAUUAAGAAUUAAACUAUUCUGAAAUUUACUAAAAUGUUCAAUAAAUAACUAAUGAUCUAAAUGUCUUAUAUGAAAAUAAAUAUAGUACUCUAAGAUUAUUUUGUAGAGAACUAAUGGAAGCCUAAAAAUAUUUAACAAAAUUUGUAAUUAAUUAAAAAAAUUUAAAUGAUUAAUUAAUAGAAAAUUAUUGGAAUUAAAUCGAAAUUUAUAUAUAAUUCUAAAUUUAAAUAUGCAUUGUUAAUUUUAAUUUAUAGGAGGAGUCUUAUAUAUCUUACAAAUUAUUAGAGUAAAUCGAUACAUUUAUUAAUAACAAUUAAGUUUUAAAAGAAUAGAGAGACUCUACACAAAAUAUGAUUUACUUACAAUAUUUAAUACAGAGUAGAUUCAUUUUUGAUAAAUCGAUAAUUAUAUAAUUACUUUAAUGCUUAAAUAAUUUUGGAUUACAUAAUUAAAAUAAGUUAUAUCAUAUUCUUAUAAAGAGAUAGUAUUAAAAUAAAUAAUCAUUAUUGGAUGUAUUAUUAUAGUUAAAAGUUCAUUAAGAUCAUAUUGAAUAUGAAGAAUCAUAACCUGUAUUUUUAGAGAAUCUAAUUUAUUUGAUUGGAAUUGAUAGUCAAACAGCAAAGGAUUUAGUAUUAUUAAUUUUGAAAUAAGUAAUGCUAAAUGAACAUAUUGAUUGGCAUGCAUAAUAAUUAAAAAACUUAGAUGAAAUAAACUAAAUAUAAAUGCCUUAAUAAUUUAUUGAAUGUUAAUUAUAAUAUUUACUAUGGUAUAAUCCAGUACUUAUUAAUAAUCCAAUUGUUUACAAUAUUAUAAUUGAAUAAUAAGGUCUUUCUAUUGCUGAUCAAUUUUCUGAAUUAAAAAGAAUUCAUGGAUUUAAGUAAUCUUCAUUAUAGACAACUAGUAAAUUGACAAAAGAGUAAGAAAAAUAAUUUAAGGAAAAGGAGAUAGAGCUUCUUUAAUAAACUUAGACUAAUUUAAUAAUCAGAUAUGAAAUAGAUCAUAUAAUAUAACCAUAAUUGAACUCUAAUUUAAUAGAUUUAAUAAAUAUUAUAGCUUAAGCUACAGUUGACAGAUUCUUUGAAGAGAACUUCAGAUUCAUAGAAUAAGUAUUUAAUAUAAAAUUAACUCAAUAUAAAGAUGAUAUAAGAGUUUAUUUAUAUGGAUGGGACUAAUUGUUGAGAAUAAUUGAGAUGUUAAUUAUAAAGAUUCCUUAAUUAAUAUUAUAUUUAAGAUAAUUGAAGAUAACAUUACCAUUUCAAAUUAAUAAUGAAGAUUAAUAAAUAAAUUUCAUUUAAUUUAUAAUUUAAUAUUUGACAUGGGUUGGCAUAGAUAAAAUAUCAAAUUUUAUGCAUAAUUAUUUAAGUGAUAUAAAUCUACUUUCAUUUGGAUAUGGAGUAACUUUGGGUUAAGAAGUCUUAGAAAUAUUAUUGAAUGAGUUAAAAAUAGAACAUAAUAAUAAUAUUAUAUAGAAAUAUUAUCAUGUAUUGUAAUUAUUAGUAUUAUUUACAUAAACAUUGACAACCUAAAAUUGUUUAUUAAUUUUGACUGAUUAAAGAUCAUAAUUGAAUAUUGUCCCUAAAUUAAUUAAUACUUUAAAUAAUGUAAGACAAUGUGAAAAUAAACAAUUUGUCAAAUUAUAUUAACAGACAAUUGCUAAAGUAUUGGAACCAUUCUUGUAAUCUCAAGUAUAUUUAGAGCAUAUAAAAUAAGGCAAAUAUGGAAAUGUUUUUAGAUUACAAUAGAAUAUUACAUAAAAUUCAUUUUAAUUUCAUUAUCUACAUUGUCUAAAGAAUUAAUUGAUUUGUUAUCAUUUAUAUCCUAAUUUCAAAAGUACUGCUGGUUCAGCUUAACAUUUCAUUUCACAUCCAUAAGUUUAGCAAACACUAAAAGAUGAACAUUAGUAAGAAAUUAUUUGGCCUUUGUAUCAAUCAAGAAAAAUCUUCAAUAAUCAAAAACUUAAUAAUCAGAAAUAAUUAGAUGAAGACUUAAGUGAUUCAGAUUCAGACUUAGAUAUUUUAUAAAUAGAAAAUAGUCAAAUCAAAUAUAAAGCAAAUUAUUCAAAUAAUAAUUCUUGGGGAGAAUAUUAUUCCUAUGAUAAUGAUUUUAUAUCCAAAACUAAUAUAAAUAGAGAUGAAGAAAGACAACAUAAAGAAAAUUAGAACAAUCUCUUUCCCCAAAAAGAUUUAAAUAUUCUUUUUUGUUGUUUAGAUUAAAAGUACUAUAAUUUCCCUUUGCCAAACUUAUAAAUUACAACAUAAAAUAUUACAUAUCAUUAAAAUGAUUAUAAAUCUUGGAUAACAUCUGUUGUUGGUCUUUAUUUUAGUUUCAAUGAAUAUUUUGAAAAUAAAAAAUAAUUAAUCUCUAAAGCAUAUGAUAAUUAAUUAAAGUAUACUGUUGAAUAUAUAUAAUCUAUAAAUAGAUUACUUAUAUCAUCAAACUAUUAUUAUAAUCAACAAGUUGAAUAGCUAAAAUAAUAUCUAUCAUAUUAUUUAAAUGGAUCUUUAAAUUAUAUGUAAAUUCAACCUGGAACUCCAUGUUUCUAUUCCAAAUUUGGUUAAGCACCCAAUUAAAUUCAAUAGGAUUACUAAGCUAAUUCAAUUUCAAUCAAUAUUAAUGAUCCAACAUUUUAAUAAAAAAAAAUCUUAGCUUAAAUCUCUUGUAAUGUAUUAUAAAGCAGAGUAGUACUCAAUGGAAUGCCCAAUGAUUUAUAUGGUUUAGGAUAUCUAAAAACAAAACUAAAAGAUCUGCUACAUUCGGAAGAAAGUUUAAACUUGAAGCCAUAAUUAAUGGAAAUUCCUAAAAUAACUAUGAUUUAUCCAAAUGAGUAACAAAUACAAAUUACUGAUAAUAUAUUUUUGGAAAUGCUUUUGUCUCUAUUAUUAGAUUAAAACAAUUUUCUAUAAUUUCCUUUUAAUCUCUUGCGUUAGAUUAGUAAAUGUUCUCGUCUUGGAUUCAAAUUACUUAUUUAGUUACUCAUACUAUAUUAAGAAUAGAAAAAUAAUUAAGAAUUAACUCUUAAAAUUUUGUAUUUAGUGAGUUAGAAAAUUCCAUCAAAUAAUUUAAGGGAUCUACUCUCUGAAUAAUUAUAGAUGAGUCCAAUACUUAAUAAAAGAGAAAAGGCUAAUCUUGCAAAGGGAUAAUAAAUUAAAGAGUAAUAUAUUAUUGAAGAAGAAAACUUAGAUGAAUAAAUAUAAGAUGAUGAUCUUGAGAAUCCUUUAGUAUUUUUGAUUAACCAAAUAAACUUUUAUAGUGAAAAGAAUGUAUCAUUUAUGACACUAUUUCAUAAUGCUGAAUCCCACAUACUAAUUGAGAAAAGUAUUAAUUUAUUUAUACCAAUUUUAGAUAUCUUGUUAACUCCUCUAUUAGCCAAUCAAACUAAUUUACAAUUGUCUUACUUAUUUUAGAUUAUACGAGGAUCUCUUAUGAUAAAAUCAGAUGAAAAAGACUAUGUUAAUAAAUUUGAUGAUGAAAAGCUUUAUAACAUUAUGAGGAGAUAAGCAGUCAUAUAUAAUGGUGGAAAAGAUCAAAGAAAAAUAUUUGAGUUAUUUUCUUAAUUAAACACAAAAGAGGAUAUUUAAUUCCAUGAUUUGAUUUUUUAGACAUUAACAGACAAAAAUUAAGAAUCAUCUGAUUCUUGGGAUUAAACAUCUUUUUCAUUAAAAUCACUUCAGUAUAGAUAAAUUGAAGAGCAAUCUCAAUUUAGGUAAAUACCUAAUGAAUCGAUUGUCUAAAUAUAACCUCCUUAGCCUCCUUAAUCAUCCUAACCUAAAUAACCAAUACUUCCAUUUUCUGUAUCUUCAAUGUCAAUCUUACAUUAGCAAUAAAAAUUACAAUAGUUUAAAUAACUUAGAUAAUAAGUUUAAUAGAUAUAAGCAAUUCAUUAAUUAAAGAUAGCUGAUGAUUAAUAAUAAUAAUAAUAAUAAUAAUAAUAAUAAUAAUAAUAAUAAUAAUAAUAAUAAUAAUAAUAAUAAUAAUAAUAAUAAUAAUAAUAAUAAUAAUAAUAAUAAUAAUAAUAAUAAUAAUAAUAAUAAUAAUAAUAAUAAUAAUAAUAAUAAUAAUAAUAAUAAUAAUAAUAAUAAUAAUAAUAAUAAUAAUAAUAAUAAUAAUAAUAAUAAUAAUAAUAAUAAUAAUAAUAAUAAUAAUAAUAAUAAUAAUAAUAAUAAUAAUAAUAAUAAUAAUAAUAAUAAUAAUAAUAAUAAUAAUAAUAAUAAUAAUAAUAAUAAUAAUAAUAAUAAUAAUAAUAAUAAUAAUAAUAAUAAUAAUAAUAAUAAUAAUAAUAAUAAUAAUAAUAAUAAUAAUAAUAAUAAUAAUAAUAAUAAUAAUAAUAAUAAUAAUAAUAAUAAUAAUAAUAAUAAUAAUAAUAAUAAUAAUAAUAAUAAUAAUAAUAAUAAUAAUAAUAAUAAUAAUAAUAAUAAUAAUAAUAAUAAUAAUAAUAAUAAUAAUAAUAAUAAUAAUAAUAAUAAUAAUAAUAAUAAUAAUAAUAAUAAUAAUAAUAAUAAUUAUAAUUAUAACAAUAAUAAUAAUAAUAAUAGCAAUAAUAAUUAUAAUUAUAACAAUAAUAAUAAUUAUUAACUUAAAUUUCAUAAGUUAAUGAAGAUGAAUCAAAUUCGUCUAACUCAUCACCACCUAAAAGGGAAAGAAAAGUUAGUGCUAAAAUUUCUCAUGUUGAAAUUGACAUCAUCUCUUCUUUAUGCAAAAAUCUCAACAAUUCACUUUUAAGAGAAGGAAAUUCUAAUGAAAUCAUAAAUAUUUUAAAUUCUUAUGCAAAUGAUACUUUAAAAAUUGAACAUGCAAUGAAUGAAUUAACAAAAUAAAUCAUUCAAUAAUCUAAAAUCUUUAACUUUGAAUUAGAUAAAAAGAGAAAAUAACUUAGAGAAAUUACAAAUCAAAGAGAAAAAAUAAAAGAUUAAGAUCCUGAAUAAUUACAUAUACUUAAUAUUUAAGAAAAUGAAAUUAUUAAAGAAUUGAAUUAGAAAACUCCUGAUCCAAAUAUUAUACAAAGAUGUUUUAUUGCAAUAACAGGAUUUAUCAAUUUAAAUAUUAUGAUGUCUGAAUAAUAAAAUAAAUAACCAAAUAAACCAAGUUCUACAUAGACUCGAUAAUAAAUUUAAAUGGAUAAAAUGAAAUAUAAAUUAACCCAGUAAAGUAAAAAUGAUGAUACUAAAAACGAUGUUGGUACUUUUGCUAAAAAAGAAAUUAGAAAUAAGUUCAUCAAUCUUUUAUAAACUAGAUAAAUACAUCACUUAUGGCUUAAUGUUGUUGAAACUUUACUAUUAAUCUUUAAUUACAAAGGAUCGCGAUCAUUAGAAUUAUUAUAGAAAAAGUUAUAUCCUCUUUUAGAAUGUUUCUUAAGGCUUUAUUAGAACGUUCAUGAAGAACUUAAUUCCUAAAGUCUAUCCGAAUAGACUAGUUCAGAAUCAAACUUCUUUGAAAGGAAUUUAAGUGGUUCAGCAACUAAUUCUCUUUAAUUUGGCUUAUUAUAGACAUAAACAAUACACUUAAAGCGUUCUUUUUCUUCAGUAAGAAAUGAGAAUGAAAUGCAAAUGAAGAUUGAUGAACUUUUUACCUAUUUAUGUAUUAAUGGAAAGAGUAUAAUCAAUUAUUUGAUCAAUCAAAGAUUGUAAUAAAUAAGUUAUGAUGUGAAAUAAAUACAUUCAUCUAAUCCUAUUAAAUUAUUUAGAGAAGUAGAUCCUCUUGGUUUUGUAUUUUUUAAAAUGAGCCAAAUUGUUUCUUUUGAGAACAAAAAACAUUUUUUUGAAAUGGAUCUUGAAACAUUAAAAAUUAAUGAGAAACCUAAUUCUAGAUCAAAAGGUAGGUAAAGUGAAACUAUAGAAUUUAUUGUUGUAAGAGAAACUAGAUUAUAAUAAUCUCUAGAAAAAGUAUUGUAAGUUGAAAAAAAUAAAUUUAGAAGAAGUGAAAUUAAAAUUAGAUAUUAAGGGGAAAGAGGAUAAGAUGAAGGAGGAAUCAGAAAGGAAUGGAUGACUAAUCUUGUAAAAGACAUAUUAUAAACUGAUAAAUUUGAAUUGACUACAAAAAGAUUUUAUAAGAUAAAUCCAAAUAAAAAUUCUUCUGAUGAUUUGAAUCAUUAUAGACUUUUGGGUAGAAUUAUAGCUAAAAGUAUUUAUGAUGGAUUAUUGUUACCAGUUUAUUUCAUUCCAACUAUAUUUAAAUUGAUACUCUAGAAAAAACCUAGUUUUGAUGACUUGGAACAUUAUAAUGAAGGAUAUUAUGAUACUUUUAUUAAGUUUAUGAAUGAUGAGACAUAAGUUUAAUAUAAAGAUUUAUUUGAAUUUUGGAUACCUGAAGAAUAUGCAUAAUUAAUAGAAUAGAAUAAAAAAUAUAUUUUUGCUGAUAUUCUCUAAGAAUAUUUGGAAAAGAAUCCUAUUAAAUAAGAUUAAUAAAUUAAAUAACAAAAUUAAAAUGAUUAAUAAUAAUUGGAUGUAAAAAGUAUUGAUUAAGAAAUAUCAUAAGAAUAAUAAUAAUAGUAAUAAUAGUAAUAAUAAUAAUAAUAAUAAUAAUAAUAAUAAUAAUAAUAUUAAAAUUUAGAGGUUCCUUUUAAAUAAGAUUUGAUUCAAUAUUUUAAAUAAAAGUAAUAAGAAUAAGAAAAAGAAAAAGAAGAACCAAAAUAAAAGAAAUAAUCAGAUGAUAUCACAGCUAAAGAUAUGGAAAAUAGAGAAAAGAAAAGAUUAAUACGAAAGAACAAGAGAUAAUAAUUAAGUGAUGAAGCACUUAAAUAAAUUAAAUUAUAAGAUAUAUUCUUAUAAUUAUCAUAAAAUAUUAAUGUCAAGCAUAAAAGGCUAAUCUGUGAAGUUAUUAGUAAGAAACUUAUGAUUGAUGAAAUUAAAAGUCAAAUUCAUGUAAUGAGAGAAGGAUUCUUUGAGAUCUUGCCUAAAGAAUACUUAUAAUAUAUGGAUUGGAGAGAUUUACAAAAAUUAAUAAUUGGAGUACCAUCAGUAGAUGGUAAGAAUUUUAAAUAUAUAAUAUAGUUGAUGAUCUUCAGGCAAAUACUGAAUAUGUGAAUUAUGAUAAAAAUAAUUAGACCGUCAUAUGGUUUUGGGAAGUCUUAAAAACAUUAAGUGAUUCAGAAAAAUCUGAUUUCUUAAUGUUCUCAACAGGAAGUCCUCUAGUUCCUUUUGGAGGAUUUAAAAAUUUAAGAGGACCAAAUGGCCCAAAGCAGUUUUCAAUAUCAAAAGAUUUCAAUUCGGAUCAUUUUAUUAAAGCUCAUGCAUGGUAUGAAAAUAAGUUAAUGUUUUAUUAGUUUUAAUCGUAUUGAUUUACCUGAAUAUAAUUCUAAAGAAAUGGUUAGAGAAAAGCUAUUGAAAUCAUUAAAAGAAUCAGGAUCUGGAUUUGAUUUAAGUUGA